AUGUACAUUUUAGUUACUGGUGGUGCUGGUUACAUUGGUUCACACACUGUUGUUGAACUUAUCAAUCAUGGUUAUAAAGUUGUUAUUGCUGAUAACCUUUACAAUUCUUCAUUCGAUGCAGUUGCAAGAAUAGAAUUUAUUGUUAAGCAGCAUGUUCCAUUUUUUAAUGUUGAUAUUAGAGAUAAGGAACAAUUAAGCAAAAUUUUUGAAACUUAUGAAAUUUCUAGUGUCAUUCAUUUCGCGGCCUUGAAAGCUGUGGGUGAAUCUACAAAGAUCCCAUUGAAGUACUAUGACAACAAUGUGAAUGGUACAAUCAAGUUAUUGGAAGUAAUGGACCAAUACAAUGUUAAGAACAUCGUUUUCAGUCUGUCUGCAACCGUUUAUGGUGACGUUACUAGAUUUGGUGAUAACUCCAUGAUUCCAAUUCCGGAACACUGUCCCAAUGAUCCAACUAACCCAUACGGGAAGACCAAGUAUGUCAUCGAGAACAUCUUGCAUGAUGUCUACAACAGUGACAAUAAAUGGAAAACCGCCAUCUUGAGAUACUUUAAUCCAAUUGGUGCCCACCCAUCAGGUUUAAUUGGAGAAGAUCCAUUGGGAAUUCCACAAAAUUUAUUACCAUAUCUUGCACAGGUUGCCAUUGGGAGAAGAGACAAGUUAUCCAUUUUUGGAAACGACUACAAUUCUCAUGAUGGUACACCAAUUAGAGAUUAUAUCCAUGUCAUUGAUCUUGCUAAGGGUCACAUUGCAGCAUUGGAGUACUUGCACAAUCUUCAAAAUGAUCAAGGAUUAUUCAGAGAGUGGAACUUGGGUAGUGGAAAGGGCUCAACUGUAUUCGACGUAUACCAUGCUUUCUGCAAAGUCGUUGGUAGAGAAUUGCCCCAUGAGGUUGUUGGAAGAAGGGAUGGUGAUGUUCUUGAUUUAACUGCUAACCCAAAGAGGGCCAAUGAAGAAUUGAAAUGGAAGACCCAUUUGACAAUUGACGAUGCCUGUAAAGAUUUAUGGAAAUGGACUGUUGAUAACCCAAGUGGAUACAACAUUGAUAAUUAUCUGUGGAAGGCGCUCAGUGCUAAUGAUUUAAGCAACAGAUCUCACACUAUAAAGGUAGACGACACCUUCAAAGUUUCAAUUAUGAACCUUGGAGCAACCAUACAAAAUGUCACUUACAAAGACGCUCCAGUAGCUCUCGGAUUUGUAACAGAGCAAGAAUAUAAAAAUCAGCUGUUUUAUAUUGGAGCAACUGUCGGUAGAUAUGCCAACAGAAUCAGCGAAGCUGAGAAGUUAAAGUUGUCAGUAAACGAAAACGGUAAUACUUUGCAUGGUGGUAAAUUCGGGUUCGACAAGAAGGAUUUCCUCGGGCCCGUAGUCAAGAGAAAUAAAAAAGAGAACUCCACUACUUUGGAAUUUUACUUACUUGAUCCACACUUAGAAAAUGGGUUUCCUGGUGACUUAGGAACUCUUGUCAAGUAUACUAUUGCCAGUGGAUCAAUUGAGAUUGAGUAUGAAUCUGAACUUCUUGGCAAAGCAGAUGAAACUUUUCUUAACCUCACCAACCAUUCAUAUUGGAAUAUUAGUACUGGAAGCUCCAUUGAUGGAACUAAAAUCAAAAUGGCAACGAAUAAGGCUUUAGAGGUUGACUCAAAAUCUUUGUUACCAACUGGAAAGAUUGUUGACAGGGAAGUCACUGGGUUUGCCAAAGGGUCUGCAGGUAUUGAUACAUGCUUCGUAUUAGAACAACAGUCUGUGCAGUCGGUCGACACGAGAUCCAAUGAAUUGCAGACUGUGCUCGAAGCAACACAUCCAGAUUCCAAGGUCAAGUUGGUUGUACAAACAACCGAACCUUCGUUCCAGCUCUACACUGCAGAUCAUCUUGAUGUCCCAGGAAAAUUUGGACCUAGGGGCGGAUUCUGUGUUGAAUCAGGUAGAUACAUUGAUGCAAUCAACCAAGAAUCCUGGAAGAAACUGGUUAUCUUACCAAAAGGAGAAACUUACGGCUCUAAAACAAAAUAUGCUUUUGAAAGCGUCUAG